AUGAGGCGAGUGUUAAAAUAUAUUAAGGAGUUUGGAUCUGUCACCACUUUGCAUGGAAUCUCUCACAUCGUUUCUGGAAAUCGCCAUCCUGCUGAAAUCUACUUAUGGGUGGCAGUGACGGUAGUAGCAGCUGUUACAUCAUUAUAUCUCAUCGUAGACAACUGGCAGCGCUACAAUGCUAACCCUACCGUUCUUUCGUUAGACAAGAAUUUUCGAUCUUGGCGAGUUCCGUUUCCGGCCGCUACUGUAUGUCUGUUCGACCGCGUAAAUCGAACUGCAGCCACAGCCCUGAUUAACAGGCUUUGGGGUGUGAAACCCAAGGACAAAAAGUUUCCAUAUUACAUGCGUUUUGUUCAAAGCGUGGGAAACAUGACCUAUGACAAUCUUGAGGAAUUUGAAGAGUUUCAAUAUGAUUCUGAACUGUAUACUGUGAAUUUACCUGCUCUUGCGAGAAUGGUACAAAUAAAUCUAACAUACAGCUCAUACAUAUUUAAUCCACUAUAUAAGUAUAUGAAGUUUGAAGAGACGAUAACGGAAAUGGGAAUUUGCUAUACAUACAAUGGCGUUCUCACAGACUAUAUUUCGCUCAGCAAAAACGUAAAAACUGCACUGACAAAGGAUGUGGAUCCACCGUACUGCAACUUUCUUAACUCGCUAUGUUACGCUCGCAUUGAAGACUUGCCCGGAAUGAUGAGGUAUUACAUUCAUAGUCCGUUUGAAAUCCCUGACCUGUCUUCACAAUUCUACAUUGUUCAGCCCAGCAGGGAACGUGACACUUCCUUCCGCUUUCUGCAGACAGUGCCAUCCCCAGACCUACGGGAUCUGCUGCCAAGACAGCGCAACUGCCGAUUCAUGGAUGAGCCGAAGAAAGACAUGAGUUCUCCCGUGUACAGUUAUAACCUUUGUCGAAUGAACUGUCGGAAACGUCUGGCCUUCACUAAGUGUGGCUGCGCACCUUACUUUUACUUGGCUAAGAAGGACAUUCCAGUGUGCACAGUGAAAGGCCUGGCUUGCCUGGUACCUCACCGUGAGCUUAUCACGAAACUCAUACUACCUGAUGGAUCUCCCUACCCGUGUCCCUGCACACUACCCUGCAAGGACAUAGAGUACUAUGUGGACAAGGAUGUGGAGAGGGACUGGUCUUAUCCAGUUCCGUGCAACAUUCGAUUCCGAUGGGCAAUCGAGGUCUAUGCCAAAACAAGGGUGAGAAGAGAAAUAAUAUUUGGUCUCGAGGAUCUUUUGGUUUCCUUCGGAGGUACAGCGGCUUUCUUCUUGGGCUUCAGUGUCAUUACCUUCGUAGAGAUCAUCUACUUCUUCACCUUGCGCCUUUACUGGUUUCUUCGCUCCCACAAGAACGAGGACACCAAAGUUGUUCAAAAGAAGUUGAAUGGACCAAAAGUUAAAGUAAAUCCCCAUAAUAAUGAGGAGCCCAAAGUCAUUAAAAAAAGGUUGAAUAGACCAACAAUUAAAGUGAAUCAAUGGUAG